AUGUCGGUUUUUGUAUUUUGGUCUCCAAGUUCUUCCCAAACACAAUCAGGAGACCAGACAGAUAGAAAAGACAAGGAACCAAGUCCACCAAUAGCACCAAUUUGGACACCAAGGAGCGCCCAGGCAAGCCCAGUCGUCGAAAGGAAAGAAUUUAGGCCAGUCAGUUUUGAAAGUCCGACACUGCCCAGGCGAAAAACCGAAACUCCACAAACAACUCCGACAGCUCAACCGCCUUGGCAAAACGGAGCUACACCUACUACAGCUCCUACUGCUCCUACUUUUACUACAACUCCUUCGUCCCCAAUAGCCCUUCCAGCCCCUCCUCCGCCGCCACUGCCUGCUCCACCAAGUCUGAGUGACAAUUUAAAUGCUGCCAUAGACACCAGGAAACUCACCAGCUCCUGGUCUGCUCCUGUUGACCUCCAAGAUCAGGACAACAAGGCUCCGUUCACGUUCCAGGAGAAAAAGGACUUUUUUUCGAGUGAAAAGAAAACUGGUUUAUUUACAUCCUCAAGUGGAAGCAAUUUGCAGGACAAGAAAAACUUGUUUUCCUCCUCCAGUGGAAGCAAUUUGGACAAAACUUUCAAAAGUUUUUCUUCAGGAAGUGGUGCGGGUUUAGCAGGUCUUGCUGGUUCAACACCAGUUAGUGAAAGUUCCUAUUCCAAGUUUCCUGGUUCUGUCGAAAAAGAACUUUUUACAAAGAAAAGUGAAGAAUUUUCUAAAGUCAUCAAAGAGUACAAAAGCACUUCCAGAAAUUCUGAGUUGCUAUCAGAAGAGAAACGCGAAGAACGAUAUUCCAGUUCAAGUGGAGAUCCGAUUCCAGUAAGACCAGUUAUAGAUCCAGUUGGAUCUUUUGGGGAAGUUCUAGCUUCUACCGGAACCGGAGCAACAAAAUUCGGCACAGAUACUGGAUUUUCCGGUACGACAACCGGAAUUUCAACCAGCACCAGUACAAAUUCAACAACCAAUAACGUCAGUGCAAAAUUGCCCAGAGUACAAAAUCCGACGAUUACUUUGUUGCAGAAGGCAAGAGAAUCAACCCCUAAGUGUCAGGAAAUGCCAAAUAGUGAUUUUGUUUUAAUUUAUAUUUAA